GCAGGUUGAGGACAGCGGUUCUAACGACGGUAACAAAGUCCGUGGUGAAGUCCAAUACCCUCAUUUUGCAAACUGCAGAUAGGUUUACUGCUACGUUGUCGUCUGCUGGAGGAAGAAUCAAGCGUAUCAGACGAAAUGGCUGAACGACUUCGAACGGUGCUUGGCCACAUCCGGAGUGACAAUGUUGAUUUUAAAAUGGUUUCAGAGAUGUCGGCAGAUGUUUCUGCAACACAGUUUACCUAUACACUUGAGUCCCCUAGCUGUCUGACAUAUGAACAGCGCAAAUUUUAUGAGGAAAAUGGCUUCCUGUUGGUUCGAGGUCUUGUCUCACCUGAGAAACUGGAUCGCUUCAAGGAGCGAUUUGCACAAAUAUGCCGAAAAGAGGUGCAAACUCCAGGGAUGACCAUCAUGCGAGAUGUAGCGAUUGCUAAAACAGAAUUCGUUCCUGGUGAAAAGGCUGUCACAAAAAUUCAAGACUUUCAAAAUGAUGAAGUGAUGUUUGAGUACUGUUGCCUUCCAGAGAUUGUGAAAUAUGUGGAGAGUUUUAUUGGACCCAAUGUGAUGGCUAUGCAUACCAUGCUUAUUAACAAGCCACCCGAUGCAGGGAAGAAAACAUCUCGCCACCCAAUGCACCAGGAUCUCCAUUACUUCCCCUUUCGCCCAGCAGAUCGUAUCGUCUGUGCCUGGACAGCUAUGGAGCCAGUGAAUCGUCAAAAUGGAUGCCUGGUAGUGGUUCCUGGCACCCAUAAAGGAGAGCUUUUACCUCAUGAAUAUCCAAAGUGGGAGGGUGGUGUUAACAAGAUGUACCAUGGCAUCCAAAACUAUGAUCCCAGCCAGCCACGGGUUCAUCUGUCAAUGGAAAAGGGUGAUACCGUUUUCUUCCAUCCAAUCCUCAUCCAUGGUUCAGGCAUGAACCGCACAGAUGGAUUCAGGAAGGCAAUUUCCUGCCACUACGCUAGUGGAGACUGCCACUUCAUUGACGUCGAAGACACCUCACAGAACGUGAUUGCAGAUGAAGUCUUGGAGCUGGUUGAGAAGAGAAUUGGUUCAAAGAGUGGCAUCAAAUUCAGUGAUGUGUGGAAAAUGAAGAGCCGUUUAGUGAAGGGUGAAGCUCACAUCAAUGAAUUGUAAAGCUGCAGUUUCCUGGCAGCAGGUAGACCACUAGAAUAUGAAGAAUCAACUUCUACAACUGAAGCAUUCUUCCAGCAAGACAUGACAAUCAAAUAACAGAGAAGUUAUAUGCACAGAUGGUUGUUUCCAUAAAUACAAAUCUUAUGAUGAUCCCUAAGUCAAAAACUGUGAAAUAUGAAAAUUAGACUGUCCAAAUUUUUUUUUUUUUUUUUUUUAAAGGUGUUUAAAAGGUGAUUCAGGAUAUGAAUUAACAGCUACUUUUGCUGUUUUAUAUUUUCCAAAAAGAUGUCUACUUAAUAGCUUUAAUUCAAAGAGUAUUAUCAUUUUAUGUUUUAUUAGACUUGAUUGCAUUUGUUUCAUCAAGCAUGUUUGUCGAUACCAUGGACCUUGCUCUGCAAGAGGCAACACCUCAGAUCCCCAUAAUAUGCAAAGCAUGACUAGUUAAACAAAUAUAAUGAUAAAAAACAAUAAAUGCAUGAUUUAUGUAGCGGUUGAUCAUGCUCACAAAGAAGACAAGGAGACCUGGACAGCAUACAAAGGAUGGACUAGCAUUUUGUUGGUGUAAGGAGUAAUGCUCAUGGAACAGAUAUGUUUUAAUGCACAUUUAGAGGAUUCAAUCAGUAGUGAGAAGGUGGAAGAUAUGGAAGGGAAGAGAGUUCCACUGUUUUGCAGUAACUAAAAAUUCUGGUGACAGGGUUAGUGAGUGUAGAGUCAUCAGAUAAAGAGCAUACACAUAUACAAAUGUCUAUGCAUUACCUUUUCUUUGUGGACUUGCAUAUCUGAUUUCAAAAAUUGUGGAUGCAGAUAAUUCACUUCAAAGAAUUAUUUGUAGAUGUAUCAGACAGGUAUGAUCAGCGAUGAAGAUAUUUGAAUACUUGCAAAAAAUCAUUCGAAAGGAGACAGUUGGAGGGAAAAGUAUGUUGACUGUUGAUAAAUAAGAACUUGGUGAAUGUGAUACUAUGACCCUGCAGUAAAUUACCACACAAUAAUAAGUGGUGUUUCCGGUGAAGUUGUAUUAAUAUAUAAUUGUUUGGCAUAUAAUAUGGUAAGUAUUUGUUAUUAUUUUCAUGUUCAAAGAAAUCUUAAUAAAAGAAAUUUUACGGUUUGCCAUUUAUCUGUAUAGUUCAGACUACUGGCGGUAGUGAGCAGACAAAACUGGCUAAAAAAUGGAAUUUCAUUGUAUACAUCUUUCUGAAUUCUCGAAAAAGCUUGUUGCAUUUAGCUUUUUCAAUCAUUUUUGUAUUUUUGUUGUUUUCUUUUAAAUUGAUGCAACACAUAUUCUCCUUCCCUCGCGCACACAUAAAGGAAGAAAGAACUUUAUUUGAUCAGAGAGCUGCGUAUUCUAGCCCUUUUUUUAAUUGUCAUAUCUAAUGGUGAUCGUUUCCAAGGUAAGAGUUUUAUGUGAUUACAAAUGUUUUGGAUUCUUGUACAGUUGAUAGCCAUGCCAUUAUUUUUAAAUAAAGUCAAACUACAAAUUUAUAAAUUCUCUGGUUCAUUCAAGCACAGAUUU